AUGUCGUUGGUGCAUGAGGAUACUGAGGAUACUGAGAACACUGAGGAUAUUGAGGACACUGAGGUUACUGAGCACACUGAGGAUACUGAGGACACUGAGGACACUGAGGAUACUGAAGACACUGAUGACACUGAGGUUACUGAGGACACUGAGGAUACUGAGGACACUGAGGUUACUGAGGACACUGAGGAUACUGAAGACACUGAGGAUACUGAGGAUACUGAGGAUACUGAGGAUACUGAGGACACUGAGGACACUGAGGAUACUGAGGACACUGAGGAUACUGAAGACACUGAGGACACUGAGGAUACUGAGGACACUGAGGAUACUGAGGAUACUGAGGACACUGAGGAUACUGAGGACACUGAGGACACUGAGGAUACUGAGGACACUGAGGAUACUGAAGACACUGAGGACACUGAGGAUACUGAGGAUACUGAGGAUACUGAGGACACUGAGGACACUGAAGACACUGAGGACACUGAGGAUACUGAGGACACUGAGGACACUGAGGAUACUGAGGACACUGAGGACACUGAGGACACUGAGGAUACUGAGGACACUGAGGAUACUGAGGAUACUGAGGACACUGAGGACACUGAAGACACUGAGGACACUGAGGAUACUGAGGACACUGAGGAUACUGAAGACACUGAGGACACUGAGGAUACUGAGGACACUGAGGACACUGAGGAUACUGAGGAUACUGAGGACACUGAGGAUACUGAAGACACUGAGGACACUGAGGAUACUGAGGACACUGAAGACACUGAGGACACUGAGGAUACUGAGGACACUGAGGAUACUGAAGACACUGAGGACACUGAGGAUACUGAGGACACUGAGGACACUGAGGAUACUGAGGACACUGAGGAUACUGAAGACACUGAGGACACUGAGGAUACUGAGGACACUGAGGAUACUGAGGACACUGAGGAUACUGAGGACACUGAGGAUACUGAGGAUACUGAGGACACUGAGGACACUGAAGACACUGAGGACACUGAGGAUACUGAGGACACUGAGGAUACUGAAGACACUGAAGACACUGAGGACACUGAGGAUACUGAGGACGUGGUUUUAAUGACCAACUUCCCAGCUUCCACCACACAACCCUUCUAUGCGUCACUCUCUGUGAGCGUGUGCAUGAUGUCCCACUGGCAGGACAAGCUGAGGUACUGCCAAGGCAAUAAUGAGAACUGUCAAACUCCAACAAAUGAACAGAUCACAUUAAGUUUGCAGUGA